UCUAAAAUGUCAUGGACAAAUGAUAUUCGUGUCGUGGUUGGUUUAGAUUUUGGAACCACUUAUUCGGGAUUUACAUAUUGCCACACUUCUAACAAAAAUUUGCGCACUCAUGAUGUUUGGCCUGGAAAUAUGGCUGAUUUAAAAACUAAUACAGUAUUAUUAUACGAUGAUGAACUUGAAAAUGUCGAAAAAUGGGGACAGCCCGCAUUAUCCAAACGUCCGAAUAGGAGAAGGGCCGAAAAUAAACCAGUGAAAUUAUUUAAAUUGCAUUUAGGUAAUUUACAAGAAAAUCUUAAACCUAAACUCCUAGUUGAAUAUAAGAAAGCAAUUACUGAUUAUCUUCGCGAAAUUGGAAAGGUGAUUAAAGAAACGGUUACGAACACUUGGACUGGACUAGAUUUUAUGGAAAAUGUUCUCUUGGUUCUUACUGUUCCCGCAGAAUAUUCUGAAAAAUCAAAAGCAACGAUGAGGGAAUGUAUAUUCAAUGCCGGUUUAAUUGGCAAUAAAUCUUCGGAAAAAUUGCAAUUUACUACGGAACCCGAAGCCGCAGCGAUUUAUUGCAUGGAAAAUAUUUUGAGAGAACACGACCUAGAUAUUAGUGGAACAAAUUUUAUGAUCGUCGAUUGUGGAGGUGGCACAGUAGAUUUAACAACACGACAAGUAGAUGGAAAUCAAUUAGGUGAAAUUACGGAAAGGGCAGGGGAUUAUUGUGGAAGCACUUUUAUUGAAGGUGAAUUUAUAAAAUUUCUACGACGUAAAGUUGGAGAGAAUGCCAUCAAAUUAUUAGAAGAAAACCAUUAUGGACAGAUGCAAUUUAUGAUUCAGAAAUUUUGUGAAUAUGCAAAAAUACCAUUCACAGAUGAUCCAAGAUUUUCUUAUAUUAUGGAUCUUGAAGAAGUUUCACCUGCUUUAUUACAAUACGUAACAGAUGAUGUUCGUGAUUCCUUGGAAGAGAACGAAUUGUCAAUUAAACUUGAUUAUGAGGCAAUGAAAUCAAUGUUUAAUCCUGUUGUCGAAAAAAUUAUACGUUUGAUUCGUAAACAACUUGAAAAUUCUCGUAAAAAAUGUUCAGCAAUGUUUUUAGUUGGGGGUUUUAGUCAAUCAAGAUAUUUACAAAAAAUGAUCAAGAAAGAAUUCGAAGAGGAAGUUGAUAAUAUUUCUGUUCCUUCAAAUCCAAUUGCUGCUAUUUCGCGUGGUGCAGCAAUUUAUGGAUUAAGUUUUAAUGAUAAUGCUGAAAAUUAUAACAACAUGGAUGGAAUAAGAUGCAUUAUAAGUUCUCGUAUGUUGAAAUUCACUUAUGGUAUUAAGACUAUGUCAAUAUGGAGGGAAAAUGAUCCAGAAGAAAGAAAAAUUUAUGGUGGACUUAUACACCGUUUUAGACCUGUUGCAAAACGUGGAACUACUCUUUCAGUUAAUGAAGAAGUCACUGUUGAUCAUCUUCAUCCUCUUAUUCCUAUCCAAAUUGGUGCUACUAUUCCAGUUUAUUAUACAAAAGAAUAUGACGCAAAGUUCUGUGAUGAACCUGGAAUGGAAUUGUUAGGGACACUCAAAGUUGACCUUCCGGAUCCGCAUCUUGGUUAUGAGAGAUCUGUAACUUUUGGAUUAAAAUUUGGCAGAAUGGAAAUCACUGCAACCGCAAAGAAUAAUUUAAAUGGCCAAAAUUUUCAAAUUUCUUUUGAUAUAGAAACCGAAAAUUAGUUUUUAUAUAAAUAAAUAUUUUUACUAAAAUAAAAUAUAAUUAUGAAGAUAAAGAUAAUAAAUUUCGAAAAGUACAAUAAUUAAAAAAUAAAAAAAAUUUUUUAUUGUUAAGGUUGAUUUCGGUAAACCCUAGCAUGUGUGAUUCACAUAUUUCGUCAAGAUCAUCUUCCUCCCAUCUACCAGUCAUU